AUGACCCUGGCAGCAGUGUCUGUAAACUGUGGCAACUGUGGUAGAGGCUUCGAGAUCAACAGGUGCCACGAGCUCAACAGGUGCCACGAGCUCAACAGGUGCCACGAGCUCAACAGGUGCCACGAGCUCAACAGGUGCCACGAGCUCAACAGGUGCCACGAGCUCAACAGGUGCCACGAGCUCAACAGGUGCCACGAGCUCAACAGGUGCCACGAGCUCAACAGGUGCCACGAGCUCAACAGGAGCCACGAGCUCAACAGGUGCCACGAGCUCAACAGGUGCCACGAGCUCAACAGGAGCCACGAGCUCAACAGGUGCCACGAGCUCAACAGGUGCCACGAGCUCAACAGGUGCCACGAGCUCAACAGGUGCCACGAGCUCAACAGGAGCCACGAGCUCAACAGGUGCCACGAGCUCAACAGGUGCCACGAGCUCAACAGGAGCCACGAGCUCAACAGGUGCCACGAGCUCAACAGGAGCCACGAGCUCAACAGGUGCCACGAGCUCAACAGGUGCCACGAGCUCAACAGGUGCCACGAGCUCAACAGGAGCCACGAGCUCAACAGGUGCCACGAGCUCAACAGGAGCCACGAGCUCAACAGGUGCCACGAGCUCAACAGGUGCCACGAGCUCAACAGGUGCCACGAGCUCAACAGGAGCCACGAGCUCAACAGGUGCCACGAGCUCAACAGGUGCCACGAGCUCAACAGGAGCCACGAGCUCAACAGGUGCCACGAGCUCAACAGGUGCCACGAGCUCAACAGGUGCCACGAGCUCAACAGGUGCCACGAGCAUUGA